AUGUCUUUCGAACCGUCGCUAUCAACUAGUGGUAUGCGCCCACCACUUGCAUCAGCAGAUGCGCCAUCAAUGGCAGACUCACUGCCAAGCAUCAACUUUGGAUUCGACGACCUACGCAAUAGUAUGGCCCAAUUUACAGUCAAAUUCGAUGCAUUCAUUGAGCGCGGGCGGAAACGAGUCUUGGAGGAACGAAACCAGUUUCACAUCAAUCUGGCCGAAUAUGAGGGUAUGUGUUGGUUGACUAUUGACUCUCCUAUUCACUCAAAUCUUGCGACUAACCUACCCCUUGCAGAGGACGAGCGCAUGCGCCAGCGCGAUAUCGAGAUUCUGAACCUGAAAUCACAAACCCACGAACAAACUCUCCAAAAAGAAGCCGCUGAGGCUGCCGAAAUGCACGCCGCCAUCUCAUCAAUCACCCUAGAACGCGAUACUCGUCUCACUAAACGGGACCGACUGAAGCAACAGAUUGCCGAGACUCAGAAGGCUAUCAAUCAGAAAGUUGAGGCGCAGAAAGCCCAUGCGCAGAGUCUGGAUGCACAGUCUCGUCUCAAUUUUCCCGAGUUGGAGUUCUGGCAGGAUUAUCUUUGCAUUCGGAUUGAGGGCGCGGGCCGGGAGGACCGACUUAAGUUUGUCUAUAGCCAUUUGCUGGAAAAGGACUGGGAGGCCGAGGCUUGGUUUGAGCUGGGCACUGCCAGCCGUGACUACGAGGUUUUCCAUACGCGCCCCAAAGUGGACCGGGAUGCUUUAGAGCAUGUAGUGGAUCUUGUUAAUGACGAUCGGGACUUUGGGGCAUUCUUGAAGCGUAUGCGCAAGUUGUUUGUUGAGGCGAUGAACUAG